UGGAAGUCUUAAAUUUUUCAGUCUAAAUAUCUUAUUUUCAAAACCCAUAAUUUUAGCCUAAUCCAAUCGAAACAGAAUGGGCAUUAAUCGUAACAAUGGUGAAUCUUCACUGGUAAUUGUUGUGGAGUAUCUAGAAACAUCCAUGUCGAGAGAUCUUCUCUACAAGUUCCCCGACAACUCAGCUUUUGAUUUCGACUACGCCCAGAGUUCCAUUUGGUCCCCUUUGCUCCCUCCACCCCUACAUUCCCAUCAAGGAAAGGGCGGCAUUUCGAGGAAAUUAUCGUACGAGGAAGAUGGGUUGCUGGAAAAUACCAAGAAAAUGACAGCCAAGUUCAAAAGGAAGUUCGCAAAUGCUGUAUUUGAUCAUCUUCACAAGUACCAUAAGAUGAAGAAGAGAAAGAGGAAAUCUAUGGAAUUUUCUUCGGUCCCUUCUUCUCAUCAGCUAUCGCCCACCUCCUCAGCACCGAGAAAGGUAUGGACAAAGGUACUGAAAGCUGCAUCAAAGCAUUUCAAGAAGAGGAGAGAGAUCCCACUACCAUAAUUUGGGUGCUACAUCAAUGUAAUUCUCUGUAUUUGAUUGAUUCAUGUUUGUUACUCCCAUAAUUUAAACCGACUCUGUACUCCCACUUUAAAUUGAAGCAGUACGCGUUUCAUCAA